AUGUCAAUCAAAUGCACCGGUUGCGCUCGUUCCUUCACUCUGCAGCAUGGCGCGUACAUCCAACAUCUCCAGACAAGUCCACUCGCUGCUUGUAAGCUCGCUCGCAGGCAGCACGAAGAAUCCAUGCGACGUCCGUCUCGUCGGGCUAGCCAUAUGCGCGCCGCGCGGUCUCGCUCGAGAGGUCGGUCACCUGGAGCUUCUGAAGCGGGCCACGACCAUCAGUCACCGGUGGGAGAUGAUGAGGAGGAUGUUGCAGUCCCGUUCGAGGGCGAUUUCUUCGGCGCUGCAGAGGACUACGCCGAUGAAGACCUCCCGUUCGAUGGGAGUCAUGAUGAGCAGCCUGAGGUCGACGGUCAGGUGUCUGACCAAGUGGAUGAGUCGAGUGACGACGAGUCGUCUGACGACGAUGCCGUUGGACGCGAUACCAUCCAGCCCAGCCACGAGGUCGAGCGUGACGGGCGUCAGCUCCCGCGUCCAAACCUUCCGAUUGAUGUGGAGCCUGAACAGGGCGCAGCGGCAGCACGAGCGGACACCGCAACCCCAGAGUUGCCGGGUGACGCGCCAGGUGGGGUGCACCCCGAUGCCCAUGAACAGAUCCGUCGACCACCUGCAUACAUCGUCCCAUUCGGAGGUCAAGCAGGCUCUCCCGUCCAGCCCGACCCUGCCGCCGCGGCCGGACAAUCAUCGCAGUCAGGCUACAAAUCCUACGCGGAGACAGUCGACCCUGGUGCAAACAAUCCCUACGCUCCGUUUGCAUCACAACUCGAUUGGGAGAUGGCGCGCUGGGCGAAACUGCGUGGGUCUGGCUCAACAGCAUUCUCAGAUUUGCUCGCAAUACCAGGGGUUCGUGAGCGGCUGGGAUUGUCAUACAGGAACUCGGCGGAGUUGAAUAAGGUCAUUGACGAGCAACUACCGACACGUCGUCCGAUGUUCCACCGUUUUGAAGUCUCCAUCGGUGGUGAACGCUUCGAUAUGUUCAAUCGCGAUGUCAUAGAGUGUGCGCGGGCUCUUUGGGGUGACGCGGAACAUACACCGUACUUGUGUUUCACCCCAGCGCGCCACUAUGCCGACGCUGACCAGACGCUCCGUCUUUACCACGACAUGGAUACGGGAGAGUGGUGGUGGGCAACAUGUUGA